CUUAUCAGUUGUUCAUUCCACUUUACUCGUGAUUGUGAACACAAGCUAACAUAGCAACACUUUUAUUUCUAAAGUUUGCUAAAUACUUAUGUUUAAUGCUGAAUUUUGUUUUCGAUGGAGCGAUUAACGGUUUCUCUUUUUGUGAUACUUUCUUUCUACACUGGAGCUUAUUAUUGUUUUGCAUUUCAUUGUGCGAAUUGUACGAAUGCUACAAACUAUACGUUGUGUUUUGAGGAGCUGGUGCGGUGUCGUCCAGGAACGCAAUAUUGUAAAUUCGAGUGGAAAAUUGUUGACAACCAAACUCUAUACACACUUGGAUGCGCCGAUCAUCAGGAAUGUCAAGUCACUACUAAGUUACCAGCCGAGACGACUUUGUCCGCUGUAACAACAACCACAAUGACAACUACUACAACAAACGAAACCCGCACGACAUUAAACACUACAGACGCUUUAACUACCCAGGAUCCUGCAAACACAACAAUUGCGCCUGACACCACAAAAUCCCAGCUUUCAACAACUAGUACGAAUGACGUCACAACAACCCAGAGUUUGACAAAGAGUACGGCUUACACCACAAGAGAAUCGUCGAACGCGGGCCCCACGGCGGUCACUGCCUCGACACACAUACACACUCCAGAUCCAUCUAAGACAAUCUCAACAAUCGUUCCCACACACAGACCAAAUUUUCUUCGGACCCCUCUGCAAUUUUCGACAAUCGCAUCUGCAGGUAUCAUUGGCAAACGUUAUUCACCGCACAUAAUGUCAGACGAUCUUGAAGACCUCAUCCUUGAUGCAGCUGAUCAUUGCUUGGAAUGCUGCCAGGGAUCCAUGUGCAACCUUGAAACGCUGGCUUGCGUGCCUGGUCUUUGUUACGAUAAACUCGGAAAGAAAGCAUGUGCGACAGCAAAGGAGUCAUUCAACGUCUGCAGCAACAUCACAUUCGCGAAGGACACGUGUAAGGAAACUUGCGAGCUUUGCGACCUAGUGGAUGGCAUCUGGGCACCUUGGAGUGAAUGGACAGAUUGCAGUGUAUCCUGCGGAAACGGCACACACUCGCGCACGCGCAACUGUACUGAUCCCGCCCCAGCAAAUAAAGGCGAAAACUGCACUGGUGAUCCGACGGAGGAAAUGGCUUGUGAACGACAGGCGUGUCCGAUGGACGGAAACUGGGGUACCUGGAACGGCUGGUCUGAGUGCAGCAAGACCUGCGGGGUGGGACUGAGAUUCAAGGACCGCACGUGCUCCCAUCCGGCCCCCGACCAGGAUGGUCUGUUCUGCCAGGGCGAGCCACGUGACUAUGAGGUCUGCAAGAAUGACACGUGUGAAGACGGUCACUGGGAUCUGUGGUCUGAUUGGUCUGAAUGCAGCACUACGUGCGGCCUGGGUCAGAGGUCGCGCCACCGGAACUGCUCCGGAACUGAACCGGAAGUGUUUAAAACCAUCUGCUUCGGAGACGCGCGCGAGAAGGACCUGUGCAACUUAACAGACUGUGAAGAUGGUCUAUGGAGGGAGUGGUCCGACUGGUCAUCAUGCAGCAGCACGUGCGGGAUGGGGCUGAAGACCCGGUCACGUGACUGUGGCGGUCAGCUGGGGCACUCGUGCCCAGGACCCAACACCGAGUCUAAUCUGUGUCGCACCAGCCAAUGUGAAGAUGACAUGUCCGCGUUCGCCACUACUGGGGUCCCUGUGUCCGGGGAUCGAAACGGUACCUUAAAGUUCACCCUCGUACUUACGAACGUGGGUCACGAUUACGACAACGAGACCGGCGUGUUCACGUGCCGCAUAACGGGCCUCUACCAGUUUUUUGUCAGCAUCGAGAAGCAAAUCAAUGUCUCGCAGGCAUACUGUCGCCUUAUGGUGAACAACUCUGCGACGAUUCUGAUCGCCGCCAGGUCUGCGUUUAUCCACUCGGAUGGCUACCAGCAGGCUAGCAAUUCCAUGGUGCUCGAUUUGAAAAAAGGUGAUGAGGUGUACCUUGGCUACUGCUCCGAUCCAUCUUCCAUGACGAAAGAAGGCGUGUUCAGCGGAUCGCUGCUCUCCAUGCAUUAGGCGGUCCUUACCCGUACUACGCUAUGGUCAUUCGUUUUUGUAUUUCCAAGACGACGUCAAUUUCGUUCCACCAAUUGUACAUCAUCACAUUUAUGUUUUGUAACACUGCGAAUAAAUUGUAAUGGAUA